AUGUCAACACCAUCGCAGACAGGAGCAUCACUGCUAACUUACAGGUAUUCUCCCUCUGUUCAUACUACACAACCGUGCAUCAACCUCACCUCCAUCCUUCUGCUCUUCCUGCGAGUGCCGCGGUGUCACCGGUAUCUGGGAAGGAUGAAGCGAUUACCUGGUCGGGGUCAUUGGAGCCAGAGAGAGGCGCGUCUACCUGGCCCAGGCCGCACACGCCGCACACGCCGACCCCGCUGCUGCUACAAUCCGAGCGAGCACAUCGACCCUCCAGUGCUCCAGUCAGCGCCCGGGUGUGCGGAACACACCACCAACAACCGCAACAUGCCCGCGGACCGUCCCUGCUCCACAGCCACGGAGAACAUUCCACCAGCUUCUCUCUCGGACCACACCACAUCCACCGACUGCAUCAUCACGGCACACAUGGAUUACGUCAUCAGAAUGCGACCGGCAUCAGACCACAUAAACAAAAACAGCGGAGACAUGGAAAACGCGGGGUGGAUUUUCGCCUGCUCCGCACUCUUCCAAAACAUAAGCCCACUUCUGAAUUAA